AGAAAAAUAGGCAAAAAAGUGAAAAUGUUUCACAACAACCCCAUCACGUGCUCCUCUGUGUAGCGGAAAUAAGCUGUAAUGGUGUUGCGGGUGAACUACUGCCUCGGUGCCUCGGAGUGCACGGAAUCACCGCAACCAAAAGCGAGUGUCAGGCCAGGUUUGUCUGACAGCCAGCCUGACCCGGAUGCAGCGUUGGUGGCCACGCCACGCUGCAUUCUGCUGGGGAAUCAAAGGGAAACAGUUGCAGCAAAAAAAACGUAGUGAAAUUUCCAACCGACUGCACGUACAGGACGAGAUGUGAAAACGCAAGGACUUCCGUUUUUUUCUGUUUAUUUGUUCCUUUCUUCUUCCACUUCUGCAUCCAGUGGCCACCACUGUGCAGCCGGUGCUGGUGUGAAGCACAGCAUUUAUUUGAUUUCGCGUACUGUUGCUUUACAAACUGGUGCGCCAGUUUCAUUUCCUAGCUCUCGGUCAUCUUUUGCUUUCAGAUUCAGGUUUUUGAGGUCCCGUGCGACUGCGCCACCUGUUUUCCUUCGGGUCAGCCAGCCAGCCAGCCAGCCAGCUAGUGUGCCAGUGCAAUAGUGUCUUCGCUUUGCCUCCCCCCCCAAGGGAGUGCCUCCUGUUGAACGCGUAAAACAAACGAAACAUCGUCGUAGUGCCUGAAGCCGUAACACCGCAGACCCAAGAUACGACUGCUGGGUCGAGAAGUUUGUGGCCGGUCGGACGAAAUGAGCAAAACAAUUAAGUGAAACCCGGUGGCCAUCAUCAGCAGCUGGAACAGUGUGCGCGAGUGCUGUGCUGGCGUGGUGUACGGGCGGCAAAGGAAGAAUUCCGCCGGAAUUCCGGAAUACUCCGCCGGAAACCUGCCCAAAAGCUAGUGCCAUGAUGAGGCACCCCGAGGGUUGGUGGCGUCACUUUCGGCUUCACGAAGCGCGAGACCCAAGGGCGUGAAAAGCAACAACAGCCCCCCCCAUCUCGACGUGCGUCUGUGUCUGUGUCGGUGCUUCCAGUGUUCCAGAGUGGCCAAAAUCCAGUUCUAUCUCUCGAAAUCGGCUCGUUAGUGCCGACUGGUGCAGUAUCGCGAUACAACGCGAACUCUUCCUUCCAAGGAUUCCUUCACAAUCCCCCGCCGGACCGGAACACGGCGGAGUGUCUCGACGGCGCACAAACCCCCACAAAUGAAGUCCACCAUCCUCUACCCGUACGGGCCACUCCGGGCUAAUGGGUGCUGCCGGAUGCUGCAUGCCAAGCACUUGGCCCUCACCAGCGCCAUCUACACGCUGAACAUUUCCAUCCUCGUGGUGCUGCUGUACUCGUGGCGUAUCAGCGUGAACGUGAAAAAGUACGGCGACCUGGAGGACGUGUACUAUGGUGUACAGAUAGCGUACUUUGCCAUCAUCGGUACCCAGUGCUCGAUGAUACUGCUGAGUGUGGUGCUGAUAUUCGGAAUCUAUCGGGAAAACAUCGGUCUGGUCGUACCGUGGAUAAUCGGAUUCAUUACCUUCAUGGCGCUCGAAGCGGUCGCGAUGGUGUACUCGAACGUCCUACGUGAUCACGUUAACCGCCAGUUCGAUUCACUCUGCAAGGCGGAAGUGGCGUUUUUCGUAUCGCGUGCUAUCAUCAAUAUACUGGCGAUGUGGGCGGUGACACGGUUCUACAAUCUGCUCCGGGCGGGCGUCACCUGGAAGGGCCCGGAACUGAUCGAACUAUGACACAACUCGAACGAGACGGAAAAGACGCUCGCGUCGUUCCGCG